GAUAUAUAUUCAAGAACAUAUGCCUUGAACUAAGAAGAUGGGGAACUCCGUCGCUGCAUGCGUAAAAGGGAAGGAACUUCUUCUCAAUACAGGAAGGAAAAGUGAAAGAGCACCAGUACAAGGACAAAACAGUGAGACUUUUCAGUGGAGGUCCCUGCAAUUAGUAAAAGCAGUAGAAAUUCAAGAAGAGGAAGCCCAUACCUCUCAGCCAAAUUCACCCCUCCUCAAUCCAGAUGUUCUUUUCGAGAUACUGCUAAAACUCCCUGCAGAGCUUCUUGUACAGUUCAAGUGUGUUUCCAAGCUCUGGCGCGACAUCAUAUCCGAUCGCAUCUUUAUGGGUGCACAUCUUGAGUACUGGAAGUGUCGGCCACCUGGAAUCAUCUUCACCUGGAUGAGUCCCUCUCGACGACCCGUAGGACAUAGAGCCUUCCACUACUGGUCUUUUGAUGUGCAGAAGGAUGAAAUUAAAGGGGUCAACUGCUUACAACUGUACAUCAAGGACUGCAAGGACCUGCAAAGUGGUGCACGCAUCUUGGCUUCUUGUAAUGGGUUGCUUCUCCUCAAUAUGAGUUCGAUACCACGAUUGUUCAUAUGCAACCCCAUGAUUCAAGUGGCCGAUACCCUUCCACACCCACCUGUAAAUGUUGAGACUUGUUCAUGGGCAUUGGUUCAUGAUGAUUCAACUGAUAAAUACAAGGUGUUCGCCAUGAAGAUUCGAAAAAUAAGUGAGAACAAAAGUUGCGAUGAAUGUUAUGCUUACACAUUAGGUAGCUCGUCAUCGUGGAGGUCGCUGGGUGUGCCUUGUAAGCACACAUGGAUAUCAGAUGCAUGUGUUGUUGCAAACAAAAUGGUUCAUUGGCUAGCAGGUUCUGAACACACAGAAGGGCGUCAAACAAUCUUAUACUCCGUGGAUAUCAAUACAGAGAAAUUUGAAGAAACCUCAACUCCGUUACCCAGAUACAGAGUAUGGCACAACUUGCUAGAGAUCAAUGGAUUUCUAUAUUACAUGGCAUUACGCAGAGGGGAAAUGUUACGAUUAUGGGUUUUGAAGGACUGGAACACCAAGAUUUGGAUGCAGGAGGACAUAGUUGGGCUUGAUUUAUAUUCAUUUAUAAAUGGAACAGCCCCCUCGCCAUCGGCACAAAUUCUGUUGUACGACACUUGGCCUGUCUCUGCCAUUGUCAAUUCUCAGUGCAUGAGUAGUAUUAUAGUUAAGGAUAGGCAAGAGUUGGUGUCUUUUGACUUGAAGUUUGGGGAGCAAAGAUAUAUUCUGAGUGAGAGUCAACGACUACUACCAUUUCACAAUGCCCUUGUAUCUGGUGUGAGCUUGGCUUCUAUAAACUCCUUGCAGGUGCACCAUGUCAAUAGCCUUGUGAACUCUGCCUUUCAAGACCUCAUCCCAAACCUUGUAUGCCCAGAAGACUACUCCAAGCAUCUCUGGACUCUCUCGCUAGACAUUUGAAAUAUUCUGGAGGGGUCUCCAAGCAAUUCCACUUGUACAAGAUCCAAUUUUUGGAACUACAAUUACCAAGUAGAAA